AUGUUGUUCUUGAGGACCAACAAACGUCAUCUCGAUCUGGUUCGCUCAAACGUCGUUCUCUCCCCGGAUGUUCAGUCCAAAAUUGCUCCAGCAAGUAGUGAACCUUACGCCAUAACAACAGUACGAGGUACUAAAGCUGCAACAAGCUCUCAAGCAAGACCACAUGAGGAAGCCUACUUAGCACUGAGGGAGCUGGUGGACCAGAAGAGGAAGAUAAUUGAUGGCCGCCCUGCCUGA